AUGUCUGCUGUACCACGAGCAAUCAACAUCCUUUACCAUUUGAUAUAUACACGGGACACAUCAGACUCGGACAAUUCCCCCCGAUACCCGCCAUUCAGCCGGCCAGACGAGGAUGACGACGACACCGUGGGCCCCUUCCAGCUCGAUCCAGACAACCGCGACAAAAAUCUCUCUCCCAGGAUCAUCGCCGCCAUAGUUCUAUCCGUCGUCUUCUUCCUUAUCGUGAUUAUGGGGCUUCUCGCCUACCUCGGCCAUCGACGACGUAAGGCAAGGAAAGGCGAGAUCGCACUGAAAGAGGCGAGUACGCCAGCGGUGGCUACCGCCUCGGGGGCCCUUGACCCACCGCCGCCGUAUCAAAAGGUACAUGACGCGGUUCAUCAUCAAGAGCAGGAGGGGCGGUGGGGCAGUGAGGGCGAGGUCGUUGGCGAAGAGGAGGAUUCACAUGCCAUCGGCUCACAUGCGACGAUUACGGAUGGGAUGGGUCCAGGGACGCAUAACGGCGCGGAUGCGCGUUAA